AUGAUUAUCGUCAAAAAUCAACAUCAAACAUUAAUCAAUCAUCAUCAACAAAAACGAAUAAAGGAAAAUUAAUGCAUCAAGAAACUAAUGAUAUUGUUGGUCAAUUUGAUUUUGAUUUAAAUUUUGAUCUUGAUGAAGCUGAAGAUACUCUGGAUUAUUCUAUAUAUGAAAAUCGUACUGGUUUAGCUGAAGAUAUGAAAUUUUUAGCAAGUAUGCCCGAAUUAUGUGAUAUAACAUUUUUAGUUGGUGAAAAAUCUCGUGAACCAGUUUGUGGUGUAAAAGCAGUAUUAGCAUCACGUUCAAGAGUAUUUCAUAAAUUACUUUAUGGACAAAAACAACCAACAAUUAUCAAUCAACAACAACAACAUAAAGAUGAUAAUAAACAGAAUAAUAAACGAAAAGAAACAACAACAUCAUCAUCAUCAACAACAACAACAAGAGAUACUAAAUUGAAAUUAUUUCUUAAACGUAGUUCUGAACCAAUAUUAAAUGGUCUACCAUUUAAUCAACAACAGCCAAUAGUACAAACACAUCAAACAAUGAUAAUUGAAGAAUUUGAACCAGAUGUAUUUCGUCAAUUAAUUGAAUAUAUUCAUACCGGUUGUGUUACAUUACAGGCUCGUACAUUAUUAGGCUUAAUGAAUGCAGCCGAUUAUUAUGGCCUGGAAGAAUUACGUCGUGCUUGUAUUGGUUUUGUAACAUGUUGUAUUACUGUUGAUACUGUUAAUUCAAUAUUAGCAUCAGCUGAACGUUAUAUACAAUAUAAAUGUACAAAAUCAUUAGUACAACGUGUAUUAGAAUUUGUUGAUAAACAUGGUAAUGAAGUAUUAUCAUUAGGAUCAUUUGCAUUAUUACCUGAACAUGUUGUACGAUUAAUACUUUCACGUGAAGAAUUGAAUGCUGAUGAAUUAACCAAAUUUCAAGCAGCAUUACAUUGGUCACAAAGAUCAUGUGAAUCAUCAUGUGGUACAUUAGAUUUACGUGAUGUUAUAUCAAAUUUUUUAGAAUGUAUUGAAUUUUAUAAAAUUCCAGCAUCAAUAUUGAUGCGUGAAGUUCAUCCAUUAGGUGUUGUACCUGAUCAUGUUAUUAUGAAUGCAUUAGCAUUUCAGGCUGAUCCAAGUAGUGUUGAUAUUCGUAAAGUUGAAUCACCAAAUCGUUUUCGUCGUAUGACACUUCCACAUGCAUAUAAUUUAGCUAGUUCUGAUCUUAUUCAUUUACGACAUACGGCAAAUUUUUGGGCUGAAAGAGCUGAAUCAUCAACCUCGACAACAACAACAACAAAUAAAAAUAGUGGAACAUCUGUUAAGGAAAAAGAUAAAGAUAAAGAUAAAUCACGUAUUGGACGACGUCGUGCAAGUAAACCAUUUAAACGUUCAAAAACAUUAAUGGAAAGUAGUUGAAAGAAGAUUGAGCAAAAAAAAAAUAUUAUUAUGGUCUUCCUUAUUGGAUUUUAUUUCAAUUUUAUUUUCUGUAUAAAAAAAAAUUCUACUUCAUAGCCAAAAAAUUGCUUGAAUCAACCAACAAGUCACUAUUGUGCCAAACAAAAUAUUGAAAACCAAAAAAAA